AUGGUUAUCACUGUGCUUGAUCCUGGAAGCAGGUCGAGCGCGGAGCUAGCCAAACAGAAGCUCGGAAAGCGGGUUCAUGUUGGUUAUCCGUUCCUGCAAGAAGCGCUUGUCAUUCGUGUGUCGGAUGAGCUUUUUGAUUAUCUUCUCCCAGAUGGGGAGCAGCACGUGGUCGCUAUUCCUCACACCCCGGCUCAGAUCGAGCAAUGGAAGAAGAAGGCCGACAAAAUUGAAGGAACGUAUAGCAAGAGACUUGGUACUAUCAUUGGCCCGGUUGAGUCCAUGGUACACGUGCAGCUACUGAAGGGCCUGAUCAAGACCGAUCAAGGUGCUACGGUUAAAGAGUUCGGCGAGAUCAGUGGACAGGAAACCGACUACGCCUUGCAGUUAAUUGUGGACGAUGUGAUCAACCCCGACGAACGGUUCAUCGAGAGAGACGCUCUGCCCAUUGAGAAGGAAUUUCCUGAGGGUUCUCGGGCAUUCUUCCUAGGAGAAUUCAACUACGGACGUCCGGUGCAUGUCACUGGACACGAAGACGGCAAAGUCAGCGGCAUGAUCGCCGCGGUCAAAGGUCGGGAGCCCGAGUUCGGACGCGAUCGUGCCAAGAAUGCCGAGCGACUCUGCCCUUACAUGCCUUCUUAUGCCAUCGCUCGCAGCCUGCGCUUGAACCCCCUCGUUUUGGCUAAGAUCACAUCUUCGUUCUCCGUCGAUAUUGAGGGCCAGCGAGUCAACCUGGGUCUGAACCUCAAAUUUGAGGCGCGCAAGCAGAAGGUACUUGGUUAUUCGCGCCGUGGCGAUUCGGGAUGGGAGUUCAGCCAGAAAACUGUCGACUUGCUGGUACAGUAUAUGACCAAAUUUCCCGAGUUCAUCGCAGGGAUCCAAAGGAAUCCUCAAAAUGAUCGGUACACGCCCACCGAUUUCUAUCCCGAAGAGGUCGCUUUGCUCAAGAUGCAAGAGAUCCGGGACUGGCUCAAAUCGAUCGAAGCCAAAAAUUUCGAGCGCGUUCCCCUGGAGGCUGAACAGCUGGAUUCCGAUGUUGUCAAGUUGAUCGAGCAGGAUGCUGAUCAGCUUGUCCGGAGCCAACCGCAGAUGCAGCCCAAGAAGAUCCGCGGCGUCCCUCGAAGCGCCCUUCUGCGGCCAUCCGACGUCGAGCAGCGACUCCAAAAUCAAACAUUCAAGCUUGGCGAUCGGGUAGUCUAUGCACAGGAUUCGGGCAAGGUGCCUAUCGCUACUCGAGGAACUGUUGUGGGCCUCACCCGGACCUCCCGGGCCGUCUUGCUGGAUGUUGUCUUCGACGUCUCGUUCAUGAGCGGCACGACGCUGGGUGACCGCUGCUCCCCUUUCCGCGGCCAGACCGUGCUCGCAUCAUCCGUCCUUAAUGUCUCCUACCGACAGCUCCUCGCCACGACUCGUGCAGGCGACGCACAACAACAACAGACCCAAUCGACUCCGUUGACUGAAACACCAACUCCCCCGCCCCCAAAUUCCCAAGCCUACGUCUCUUCUCCCCCGGAAACAGCCGCAGAUCGUACUGCACCAGCAGCCGGCCCAGUGCCACGGCCGCCAGGCGCGCCGCGAGGUGUCGACCGGGACACACCGCUCCGCGACCUCCCUCUCCUCCUCCCCAGCCGAAGUGCAAAUUGA